AUGUCAAAACACACCUACGGUGCUGCCCCUUACGAUGAACAACACAUCGCAUACCCAAACCGCCAUGACAUGCACAACCAUACCGACAACAACCAUGGGUACAACAGCAUACAGCUUGGUGACCCAGACGGCAUCGGGAAUGGCGUCGGCACCCCCAAUCAAGUCAUGGCCAAUGAUCCCCAGCUCCCCUUUGACGCGUGUAUGUUUGCGUAUGGUCGCGGAUUCACUUUCAACCACUGUAAAUUCACUCUGGGUACGUACUUCACUUCCCAAUCUCCACUCCAAGAGGAGAAGAAAAGCUCAGUCAUAUUCUUCUUCCAUACUCCUGCAGACCACAUAUCCGUCCCCAACGCUACCCUGCGAGGUGACACGCCUGAUCAACGACGUCCAGCUACCAGCAAUCAUGUCAACGACCAUCCUGAAGACAAGAAGAAAGAUCCCGGGAACAACAUAGAUUGGACCCCCAUCGCGGUCGGAGCUGCAUUGCUCGUCCUUGCCGGGGGUUGCAUCGCAUUCUCUACCACACGCAAGCUCGCAUGGAGGCCCAUGUGGACCGGACUUUAG